AUGCUGGAAGUGGCCUUGAUAAUCAAUCUGGACCAAUUCCCAGCGUUUCGAGUCGCUUUCGAGCCAGAAGUGAUCAAGUGGGACCUUGAUACCGAGCCAUUCAAGCUCAGGGGGGGGGAAAUUUCCAAAGGUGUCGACGCGGAGGAUCGGCAUGCGCUGCAGUUUUUAGAUGGCUUCCUCAUUGUUUCCGACCAUCAGCUCGAGGUGAUGUCUGCGAGUUUCGGCGUCGGCUCAGGGACCCACUCUGGGAUAAAAGCCGGGUUCCGAAAGGCAUUCAAGAACAGAUGGAGGCAUUAUCUUGCGACGGCCAACCUAGACCUGGCCCCGCCAUGCGCAUGGAAUAUGGUCCUACGACGCAGUCCCACGAUGAUGAACAGCAUGGAGGCUCACACUCCUUGGGUGACGGCGGGAGACUCUCCCCGGGCUCACGCUCACUACCACGCAUGGCACAUUCGAACUUCAGAGGGGGAAACGGAACGUUCAUUCUCAAAGCAACGUUACAUCUUCAACAACGUGGCUUCUCAGAGUAUAUGCCCUAUGUUCGUGUCCACGAGGGAGGCCUCCGAAGAAGCGUGUCCCUCUCGCUUCUCUGGGAACGACUCACCCGUGUACAUAUCGUCCAACAGCAAGAGCACGGCCCGCAACUGCUCGGCCGAAGCUAGAAAAAAAGACAUCGAGACCGCCUUCGUAGACCUGGGAAUAAACGCUCAAGACGCGCACACGGCCUUCAGCAAGAACCCGGACACGGUUGUCAACGCGUUCAUUGACUUUCUUUAUCUGAUGGACGCUGACAUCAUCGUCCGUACGGCCUCUUCAUUUUCGGGUGCCAUUAUUGACAUAAAGUCUUAUAGAUGCAUGGAUGCGUACUUGGGCAAGUUGCCUGUAUUUCGGAUGCAUCUAUUCGUUUGCGUGCCGGCGGAUUGUUAACUGCAGAUUUGGAUGAUUGACCCGUUUAAUGUGUUGCUGUUCUCAGUGUUGGAUUACUUGGCUGUGAGUUAAAUAUCUACUUGUUAACAAGGUCUGCAGGUAGUAACUGGCGCGAAGUGGUUACUUAGAGCCUGAUUAGGAAGGCUUCGGAUGACCCAUAGUACGGGCAAGUUUUCUCUCAUCGAUCCAUCUUGGGGCACAUCCGCUAUUUAGAGCCAUCCAAGCUGAGAACUUCCCACGGAGUACUCUGCAUCGCGGCACAGCAAUAUAUGGGGGAUGGAGGAUAGCCAAUGCCUUGGUUUCUGUCCGCGUGGGAGUGGAGCAUGCAGGUAUCGCCGGUGGAGUAGUAAUCUCGAACCAUCCACACAUGUUUUUGUGUGUACUGUACGUGGGGGAAAUGGCUUAGCCGGUGUAGCCCCGGCGGGUGUAGCCCCGGCGGCAAAUACGCCCCGGCCUGCAGGGCUGGCAAGCAAGGAUAUAUCAGGCAGUUUUUAAUACAUUUUGCCUUGAUUUGGUAGACUAAGGUUUGAUGGUUUUGUGCCUUCUAUUUUUGAGAUCUUUCCUUUUUCGGCUUCUCAAGAAGCGUGUACCACCUAUUGGGGAUAGUUACUGUAGACUGUGACCACGGAAGUU